AUGGUACGAAGAAAGCCGAAGAAGCCGCCACCACCGUCACGAGAAUACUGUGAUUAUUGCGAAAGUGCUCUUUCUGUCGCUACGCACCGGAUUUUCAAGAUCACCUUACAUCACUACACCACCGUCCAAGCGCUGCGCCUAGUCGAGCCUAAAACGAACAGGUUACAGCAGUACUCCAUUGGUGUGUGGUAUGCGGUGAAACUCCUCAAUACGAACCAGGAUAAACAAGGCGAGACCGUAGAGUUGCUGCAAAAAGAGCUAGCGGCGGCCAACAGCUCCAUCAUGGAACAUUCAAAAGAGAAAGAAAAUCUGCUUGCUGACAUGGAAGCCUUAAAGAAGACGAUAGCCGAUGAAAUGGAGUCGAAGCAAGCG